CGAUGUGUUACUACCGGUUCACCUGUGUCCUGCUGGUCGUCAUUGCUUCCCGGGUGGACGGUGACAGCAGGUCUUCCAAAUCCACAAUCAGCCACCAUCAAUCAGCGUCUAGCGAUGAGUCAUUCACCCCACUGGCGCUGUUCGGUGGCAAUCUGUUUCCUGCGGACGUUCCCACCGAUGAGCAGGUUUUCGCCCCAACGCUACCGUUACCGGAAAAACAAGUUUUAGAGUUAGGCAACCUGCGCACGGACAUCGAGGCAACUUCCGUGAGCAGCCGCAACGGCGGCAGCAGCAGAUCUCAGGCCCAGUCGGACGUUGAACAUCAUCCGGCAGCCCAAAAAAUCUAUCCCACCUUUUUCCGCAACAUACCACCGUUGGGCCACUCCCGACCGUACUACCAAUCGACGGAAGCGGCCAUCGAACAGCGGUUUAACAAGCUGCGCACGGGUGUACCGACCGCACCGGAAAUCGCUUCGCCCCUGCUCGGUUCGGGUGAUUUUGGCAUUAUCAAGGGUGGCACAUUCUACUACGACACGGACGUCCCGGGCAAAGGGUUCGUGGACGAUUUCUACGGCCUUGGCUAUAGCGGCAACAAUGGUCACGGUCGGCCCCAGCUAGCGUACCUCGUCCAGAAACCGCAAAAGGAGGAACAGUUCUCCAAUUUCCGUGACUUUGCGGACAUUAACAUCUCGAACGAUCCGGCCUAUUCGCAUCAUGUCCCACUGUACCUGGGGAUGCAUGAUGCCGAUGGUGCUCGGAAACCUCCCCCUCCCGGGAUCCCAUCGUCCCUGGCACCUGCCACAGUACCUGAAACUACCAGCACAGCCGGCGCAGUGAAACGCGAACCGGACAAUAUACUGGACGAGCUGCGCUCGUUAGACGAACCUCCGCAGCCGAACGGCAAAAGUCGACCGCGGAUGCACGAGGGCAAGGCGAAAAAGGAAACGCUUUACGAGCGGAAAAAGCGACCUAAGGCCACGAAGAAUGUCACCAAGGGAGCGGCUGCGGAGCAGUCGGAGGGAGAAGAUUAUAUGGUGGCAUCUAGCUAA